AUGGGACAAUACUUCUAUCUGGUCAACCUCGACAAACGGCAGACCUUUGGCUGCUACGGCAAAUUCGGCGAGUGGUUCUUCUGCGGCCUCGGGGACCGACUCACUUCUCACCUUCAACGUCGCCUCACGCCUCCGCUUGACCCUCUUCCCAACGGUAGUAAUCAACUGAAAGGUUUAAAGCUCCACAAACCUUCAUCCAAGUCGACCAACUCUAAGCGCGAAAAGAUGAGGGCAAUGUCUCGUGAGCUACUAUAUGGAGCAGACUCCCAACAUGGGUCCAGUGAAGAUGAGGAAUCGGAUGAUGAUAAAUUUUGGCCACCAGACUGGGUUCUGAAGCGGAUUCGCCCUAUUCCACGACCCAAAUCCGGGCUCGCGACGAUCAAUGAGCUCCCCAACGAGCUCCUCAGCAUGAUCUUCUCCUUUCUUCUCGUCGACGAGUCUUCAUACGAUAGUGCCCUCAGGUUCGCGAUCACCAACUCCCAUCUCUGGGACGUCGGUAAGACUGCCAUAGCGAGUUUCAUAACCUCACGCGAAAUUACUACCGAUUACUGGGUCGGCGACCGCAUUGUUUGUAUCGGUGACUAUGCGGCGGACCUUCCGCCACACGUCGAUGUCAAACAGCUCGGCCUCGGAGUGGACUAUACAGACGACCUAAACGACGACUUGGAUGACGACCCGAACGACGACCUGGACUUACGUGCACUGUUCCGUUUCAACAAACCGGGGGAGCUACCUCACAGUCGCGAAUGGUGCCCCAAUGCCGUCACCGACCGGGUUGGAAAAGUGCCAGGCUUCAAGCCCUGGCUACAUCCCUUCAAGUUCAAGCGAGACGAUUCGUCUGCUGGCCCCGAGAAUGAAUGGGUUCUCCGAAACUUGACGAAGAAAGAGUACACGCGCAAAGACGACGGUCAGGGUGGUAGCUUUGAACACCGCCUCAUAGUCCGUUCCUGCUGGUCGACUUACAUCGGCUCGAUUUGUUUGAACCCGGAGCCGGAGAGAUUGUACCACGGUCCUUGGGCUGGCGACCGGUUCGACAUCGUGCCGAUUGGUGAUUUAGAACUCGUGAAGGACCCAGAUGGGAAGGUUGUGAAAGUCGCAGGAUGGAAGGACGUCACAGAAGAAUUGAGGAGAGAAAUCGAUGAGCUUUUUGAGGCGGAACAUCAAUAUUGA